AUGUCGACGACGCCCAUAUCAUCUCCCCGCGCAUCAUAUUCCGUUGGCCAGAACCACCCGCCUAAGCUGUCCCCGCUUCGACCUGACGUGCGUCCAUCAAGUCCCAACUACUUCGGCUUGGUUGUCAACGACUCUACCCACGAUCCCCGAGAAUCUUCUGGCUUGGGGAACAACUGGAGUCCGGCAUCAUCUUCGGUCAAGUCUUUUGCAGCUGCUCUUCCUAAGCCUGUUACCCUCGAGGCCAAUUCGGAGUUUGAAUUUGAGGCCUUCAGGCGGCAGGUUGACCUGAACAGGGGAGCCUCAUUUGCCCUAUCGACUUCUCACUAUAUCCAACCCCCAGCUCCUAAACGCCCCCAGCCGCCCAGAUGGCACACACAUGCUAGUGAUACAGGCUCUGAAAGCUCAUUUCCUCGUGCCCUGAGCUCUGCCAGAGAUCACCCGCCAAGUCGUAUGGAUAUUGACCAAGUUAGCCUUCAAGACUCUGCCUAUAUGUCAUCUGAGUCGAAGCGGAAUUCGGAAUCAUCUUUGCCCACCAUGCAGUUCCCAGGCAGCAUUCCACGGUUUGAGUCUCCGCGCCCCAUGGAUCCCAUCCAAUCCCGGACAAGCUUGACUCGGUCUGAGGAUAGAGAUCCUCGACUGUCUGUAAUGGAGCACCGACCCGAGCCUCCUUCGCCCCAGAUGUCGGAGAUCAGGAGAUCAGUCACCAUGCCAACCAAGUUGGAGCCUGGACAGCCAUCCAUGAUCAGUGCCGCUGCUCUCAAGGAGCUUAUUGAAAAAGAAGACGAGGAAAACAUCCUACUGCUAGAUAUACGCUCUUCUACAAACUACGCUGCUUCCCGAAUUAGGGGAGCGCUCAACCUAUGUAUACCCACCACUCUGCUGAAGCGUGCGACGUACAACACCGAAAAGCUGCAGCAGAUGUUCCAAAACAACGACGCGGCGGGAGAAAAGUUUAGCACGUGGCGUGACGCAUCCUGGAUUAUCGUUUAUGAUGCUCGUUCAUCAGAUAAUCGUGAUACCGUUGCAGCUCAGAAUAUGAUUAAAAAAUUCACUAAUGAGGGCUUCUUGGGGGAGACGGGCAUCCUGAGAGGUGGCUUCCAAGGAUUGCAAGGCACAAAUCCCGACUUAAUCGACAGCUCAUCAAGCGACUCAUCGAAAUCAAACGCCGGCCCUGGCCCCAUUGGCGGUCUGGCUCCUGUGAUUGGCGGUGUCAUGCUACCUACGACUAAGAACCCUUUCUUUGCCAAUAUUCGUCAGAAUAUGGAUCUUGCAGAUGGCGUAGGCCAGCGAGAUGUCUCUUGGCCACAAGGGCUUGAGCCAGAGGUGCUUCCUCAGUGGCUUCGCGAUGCCGCAGACCAGCCGGACCAUGGCAAGAAGGUGUCGGAUCGAUUUUUGCGGAUUGAGCAGGAUGAGAAGACUCGGAUGCAGAAUGCGUAUGCCGCAUUCAAUGAGAACAAUCCGUCCCACAAUCCCGCCAUGAACGGCAGAGUCCAGCUCUGUGGUGUUGAGAAGGGAGGCAAAAAUCGCUACAAGGACAUUCUCCCCUUUGAGCAUGCUCGCGUCAAGCUCCAGAACAAGCCCGAGGGAUCUUGUGACUACAUUAAUGCCAGUCAUCUUACAGCUUCCAGAAGCAACAAGAGGUAUAUUGCGAGCCAGGGUCCUCUGCCCGCCACGUUUGAGGAUUUCUGGUCCGUUAUCUGGGAACAAGAUGUACGCGUAAUUAUCAUGUUGACUGCCGAAUCUGAAGGCGGCCAAACGAAGUGUCACACAUAUUGGAAUGACCGUGAAUACGGCCCCAUCAGGCUGAGGAAGCUAUCGGAGAAAAAGGCGUCUCUUGACCUUGACAAGCAUCGAUCUAAUGCUGCUGCAACCCAAAGCACGAUGUCAUCGGGCGAGGCUAGCCGAAAACGAGCAAACACAACCACUACUCUGGAAGCGCCUGCAACGAACCCUACUCCAGCACAGCCCGAAACGUUUGUCACCGUUCGGAAGUUUUCACUCAGCCACUCAGCCCACCCCUUUGAACCUAUCAGAGAAAUUACGCAUCUGCAUUUCUCUUCAUGGCCCGACUUUGGAGCGCCUGCACAGCCGUCUCACCUCCUCGCUUUAGUGGAGCUCGCCAACGUCAUGCAGCGGGCGGCUCUUCCUGUUGAAACGGCCUCGAUUGUGGGUUCCAGCAAGAUUGCCAACGGCCUUGCGCCAGUUACUUGGUAUGACGAGCCCGAAGCCGAUAGCGCGAGUCGUCCCAUGCUGGUCCACUGCUCUGCAGGCUGUGGCCGGACAGGAGCUUUCUGCACUGUCGACAGCGUGAUUGACAUGAUGAAACGCCAACGACUAUCCAAACUAGCGGGAGGACAGCCACAAGCGCAAGGGUCAACAGCCGACGUGCCCAUGGAAGAUUUUGAUGAUGCCAUUUCCCCCAUGACGAACAGGCAGAUGAGCUUCAAAUUCGAUCUGGGCCACCCGCCCACGUUUGAGGAGAGGAAGAUUGAGGAGCACCCAUCCCUUGAUCUGUCUUGGAUGCAAGAUGAUUCACUUGACUUGAUCCAAAAGACGGUAGAAGACUUCCGUGAGCAGAGAAUCAGCAUGGUUCAGAGCCUACAACAGUAUGUGCUGUGCUACGAGACGGUCCUAGAAUGGGUCAAUCGACUACACGAAAAAGCAAGGGUAGGGCCUGACGGCAGACGACCCCGUAGCGAGAGCUACCAAUUCGCAUGA